GAAAUAACAUUUCGUACAAUUGAAAAAUUAGAUACACAUUAAAUUUCUAAUUGUAUGAAUGAUUAAUUAACUAUAUAUGCGAUAUAUAUACAUAUAUAUAUGUAAUUAUUCCAUAUAUGUAUUGUGUACUUCACUUGUGUUGCAUUAGUACAACAAUUGAAUACACGCUGUAAUUAAUACUAUUUGAUAGCUGACAGAAAACGUCAAUUAUGGCCUAUCCGAAUUCAAUGUUUGGAGCAACAAAUCCUGAAACACAAGUAAGUCCAGAAGUACAGCAGUGGUUUGCUGCUGUUGAUAGAGAUAGCAGUGGAAGAAUCACGGCUAUAGAAUUACAAUCUGCUUUAGCAAAUGGACAAGGGGGUACAUUUUCAGAUACUGCUUGCCGACUUAUGAUAGGAAUGUUUGAUAAAGAAAAGAAUGGUACAAUAGAUUUGUAUGAGUUUCAAGCUCUUUAUAAUUAUAUUAAUGCAUGGUUAGGUGUUUUUCGUAGUUUUGAUCAUGAUAAUUCUGGAAGUAUACAAGAAAAUGAAUUAAGUGCAGCAUUAACACGGAUGGGAUAUAGAUUAAGUCCAGAGUUUAUAUCAUUUCUUAUAAAGAAAAGUGAUCCUAAGGGCCAUUCUAGUAUCACAGUUGAUCAAUUUAUUGUAUUAUGUGUACAAAUUCAAAGAUUUACAGAUGCUUUCCGAGUAAGAGAUACUGAGCAAACAGGGGUAAUCAAUAUUGGAUUUGAAGAUUUUCUAGGUGUUGCACUUGAUUGUACUGUAUAACAGUUCUUCUUUUUAACAAUAGUUGAAUUACAUUUAAUACAAUUGAUUCCGAAAUUAAUAUUGUAAGUUAUGAUCUCCUUAAUAACAGACACAGCUACAAUUUUUCUAGCUUAGAAUUAUUAUACAAUAAUUGCAUACAAAUAUAAUAAAACAGGAUAUUUUAAUUAUACUUGGAUUCAAUAAAAUAGGAUGAAAAAUAAUUAAAAAUUUCGAAAA